GCGUAACCUCUUACAUCAUCGUGAUCAGUAGCCGUGACUCGGUGUUUGAUAGAGUGAAAUUUCAAUGUGAGUGAUCAGUUUGCUUCAGAAAUUCAUUUUCAAAAGGACAAUACUUGGAUCGUUGAUCAGCAGUGUGCCUUUAGUAUAUCGUCAUAUUACUAAGAAAGAUUUAUAUCAAGAACAUCGAUGGUCCUCUCCAGAUCACGGAGCCUUGUCUCUCUUCUUCUUGGUGUCUCCAGACCUCUCUGUUUCUCCUGUACCUCAAGGGUUUUAGGGUCCAUUCAUCGUUCCCUGACCGGCUCAGCAGAUGACACCAUGGCUGUUGAUACAAAUGGCAUCAAUGUUGCAGCUAUGAGGAAAUCAUACAAGGCUGGACACCAGGCAUUCACUGAAGAUGAUCUGAAUUCCAAGGAUCCAAUGAUGCAGUUCACAGCUUGGUUCAAGGAAGCUUGUGAAGCUACACAGAACUCCAAGACAGAAGCUAAUGCAAUGACAAUCGCCACUGCUACAAAAGAUGGUAGGCCUUCUGCCAGAAUGGUGCUGUUGAAGGGCUAUGAUGAAACAGGAUUCAGAUUCUAUACCAACUAUGAGAGCAGAAAAGGCAGAGAAUUGGCUGAGAACCCUUUUGCAGCUCUUGUCUUUUACUGGGACUUCCAGAGCAGAUCAAUUCGUAUUGAGGGUCCUGUUGUAAAGCUGGCAGCUGAAGAGUCGUCCGAGUACUUCCAUUCCCGCCCCAAGACCAGUCAGAUUGGUGCUGUAGUUAGUAAUCAGAGUACACCCAUAGAGGACAGACAUAUUCUGACUAAGAAAGACGCUGAACUGAAAGAACAAUAUAAAGAUGAGAGCAGUGUUAUUCCCAGACCUGACUAUUGGGGUGGUUUCAAAGUGAUCCCUGAUGUUAUAGAAUUCUGGCAAGGGCAGAGCAACAGACUCCAUGACAGGAUUGUAUUUCGUAAGCCCAGAGAAGCAGAAAAUAUUGAUGGAAAGUUGGUUCACCAAGGAGAGAAUGGCUGGGUCUACGAGCGUCUUUCACCUUGAGAAAGCCAGUUUCAACUGAUGGUGAAUUUUCUGCUCCUCUACAAUUCAGAACAAAUGUAGGCAAAUAUUAAAGGAAUCGUUUAACAAUGUUAAAUCUGAGAUGCAUGGCCCUACGUGUUAUCAGUGUCUGUGAUAUGGUGUUAUAUUGAAGCCCUAAACAAAAUUGAGCU